AUGUCUGCCGUGGCUCCCACAAUCCCCGGGGUUGACCCAGCAAAGGAAAUACAAAAACGUCGAGCUGGUAGUGUUGGGUCCGAUGACGACGACGCAAGCGGUGGGAAAUACACAAGGAUGGAGGAGGAUAAUAUUCAAGAUAAGGAGAGAUUCGCAAGCCGUGAGAACCAUUGUGAGAUUGAACGGCGAAGAAGAAACAAGAUGACGGCUUAUAUCACGGAACUAUCUGAUAUGGUUCCAACAUGUUCGGCUCUAGCACGGAAACCAGACAAGUUGACAAUACUGCGUAUGGCUGUAGCGCAUAUGAAAGCAUUGAGAGGUACUGGUAAUACCUCAACAGAUGGUACUUAUAAGCCAUCGUUUUUGACUGAUCAAGAGCUGAAACACUUAAUCCUAGAAGCAGCAGAUGGCUUCCUCUUCGUCGUCAGUUGCGACACAGGUCGUGUCAUAUAUGUUAGUGAUAGUAUAGCACCUGUACUUAAUUAUUCACAGGGUGAAUGGUAUUCUUCAUGUUUGUACGACCAAGUGCAUCCAGAUGACGUUGAAAAAGUUCGGGAACAAUUGAGUACUCAAGAACCACAGAACACGGGCCGUAUAUUGGAUCUUAAAACUGGAACUGUCAAAAAGGAGGGUCACCAGUCAUCAAUGCGGCAAGUGAUGGGUUCGCGGCGCGGAUUCAUCUGCCGUAUGCGCGUGGGUGGGACAGCUGAAAGCGCGCACUUGGGCCGAUUGCGCGCUCGCAACUCCCUCGGCCCGUCACACGACGGACACAACUACGCAGUGGUACAUUGCACCGGUUAUAUUAAAAAUUGGCCGCCCACAGAUCUGUUUCCAGGUAUGCAGAUGGAUCGGCCUGUUGACGAUGAGCUUCAUGCGUCUCAUUGCUGUUUGGUGGCAAUUGGGAGAUUACAGGUGACAUCAACACCAAAUGCAGCUGAAGGCAGCCUCUGCAGUGGCGGAGUAGAGUUUGUAUCGCGUCAUUCAGUUGAGGGCCGAUUUACAUUUGCGGACCAACGUGCGGCACAAGUAAUAGGCUAUGCACCGGCUGACCUUUUGGGAAAACUAUGCUAUGAGUUCUACCACCCAGAAGACCAGCAACACAUGAGGGAUAACUUUGACCAAGUUUUGAAAUUAAAGGGCCAAAUAAUCUCUCUUAUGUACCGGUUUCGGACUAAAAGCAGAGAAUGGGUGUGGUUAAGAACAUCUGCUUUCGCUUUUUUGAAUCCUUACAACGAUGACGUGGAAUACAUCGUGUGUACAAACACAUUGGCAAAUCGUUCCCUGGGCAGUGCGGGUGGCGAAAGCGUGUCAGAAGAGAGCUACGACUACCACUUGCGACAGCGGGACGUGUAUCAGGCUCCGCCUCUGCACCACGGCCAUCACGCGCCCCCACCUGCGCCUGCGCCUGCCCCGCUGCACAGUGGUACAGCGGCUGGUACGGCAGGUGGCGUAACCGCAAGGUCUCCAGGUGAGGCCGUGGCCGGAGCGUACGCCCACUACGCGCCCGACUAUUCACCACAUCGACCCACAAACACGCCACCUCACACCACAUGGACCACGCUAAGACCGAGCGGGAGCGGAAACGGAGCGGGGCAGAACGAAAGUUACGCGUAUGCGGGGCCGGAAGCAGCAACGGGGCCAGGGGGUAGCCCUGCCCGCUCUCCUCCGGCGGCUCCUCCUUACCUACCCCCUGCACAUUAUCACCACAAUCAUCAUCCACAUCCAACACACGCGGGUAUGUGGGCAUGGCAGGGCGGGGCGGGUGCUGCGGCGGGCGUGGCUGGCGGGGGGACGGGGGGCGGCACGGCCACCUUCGAAGACCUCAACAUCAACAUGUUCAACUCCAACUUCGAAUAG